GAGAUGCAUUCAUAGUAGAUUUCACGCAUAGGAUGCAACUUUUCCGACAUAAUGCCGAAAAAACAUACAGAUAAGUGGAGAAAAUGUUACAGCAAAAAAGCAAAUUCGAAAGUUCUUAAUUAAAAGCUGUGAGCCAAUACUCGUCCAUUCAUUUCUCUUGAUCACUUUUUCAUCUAUUUCAAAAGUUUAUCAGGACAUAAAGUUUCUCCAGUUUGAAGUAUAAACAUAAUUACUUUCACGAAGACGCUAAUCACGGAUCCGAAUCCGAACAUGAAAUUUCCAAAGUAUCUGAAAGUUGCUACCACCACAGCUGGAUCUUCAAAAGUGAUAGAAACAGAAAAUGGCUAUAUAGCUACAGGAAUCGACAUCAAGCUGCUCCAACUUUUGGCUGAAAAACUUAAUUUCGAAUAUACUAUUUUUCUGCCAAAGGAUGACGGCAGGUAUGGAAUACUUUACGAAAAUGGAUCUUGGACUGGUGUCACGGGGAUGCUGCAAAGAGGUGAAGUGGACAUAUCAACACUUUACUCGCCGAUAAUAGAGGAGCGAAUGCCUGUGUUAGAUUUUAGCCUUCCUUACUAUACACUUGAAAAAACAUUUGCCACAGACCUUCCUCACCCUCAGCCUAAUUAUACAGUCCUGUUAAGGCCAUUCCAACUUGAUGUUUGGAUAGCACUUGCGACAUUUCUAAUUCUCCCAAUAAUUUUAGAUAAAGGGGUUUUCCAAAGACAGCAACUUUCAAAGCCCUUUACAAACCUGUUUAAAAGAGCACCACCAGAAAUGAGAAAUUCUGUAAAGCGUAGAAUUUUGUAUGGAUCUUGGCUGAUGUUCCAGACCAUUGCGCGAUUCGUUUAUACAUCGGUAGUUUUGUCUUUCCUGACUGUUCGUCCAAUGCCGAAAGGAAUUAAGACGAUCCCGGAACUUGCCGAGGCUGUCCGAAAAGGAACUUUCAGAUUCUAUGUUCCUGCGGGAAGCCUCAAUGCCGAAUUCUUGGCACAGAGCGACUCCGAAGACUUCCGAACAAUUGGAUUGGCGAUACAGAAAAAUUAUUGGAUGGAAGUUCUCGAGUACAGAAACGAGAAAAUUGGAGAAGGAAAAGCCAUUGAAGGAGCUCGCGCCAUUUUUCACAUAAAAUAUGGGAAACCACCCUUUUCUACUGUUUCUGUUGCCGACGAUUCGUUUGGAAUUUGGAGCGCAGGGGUAAUGAUAAGAAAAGGAUUUUGUUGUUUGGAGAAUAUUAACAUGGCAAUAUUGAGAAUCAAUAAUGGCGGACUCUACCAGAAAAUAUUAGAUGACGAAGCUUUUCAGCAGCAGUAUAAGCUUUUUUCGAGAAAAUUACCUGAUUCAGGUGUUAGAAAAUUAGGGCUAGAAGAAUUGUCAGGGAGUUUCUUCUUGCUCAUGUUAGGCUACAUUAUAUCAUUUUUGAUAUUAAUAAUAGAGCGAAUUUAUAACCGAUGCACCAGAGAGGAAAUGCAACCGUAA